UAUAUUUCUUAUAGUGACACAAAAUAUUGUUUAUACCUUUAAUAAUUAAUGCCAUUACACCGCAGUUUCGUCGUAAAAACAUUUGAGGUUUUUCCAGUAGCUGCAGGUACCUAUUCAACCAUUCUUGAAAAUAUGGAUGCACGUAAAAUGGAGUUUCAAAAACUCUUAAGCGUCAAUAAAACCGUGAACAAAAUGCAAGAAAAUAUAGUUAGAUCGACCAUGAAGCUAUAUCGUCAAAAAAGUUUACCGUAUAAAUUGGUCCGGGACAAACCGGUGAAAGCUCGCACCGUCAAGAUGUCGAACUCGUGCGGCCAAUCGUUGGCGGAAAUAAAGGUCGAACGCAUCAAGCUUUUGCAAAAGUUGAUGAACAUUACCGAAACAGUGCAUAGGAUGAGAGACCAAUUGAUCAAAACGAAAAUGGAGUUAUACCGUCGAAAAAAGUCGCCGUAUGAAUGGACACGGGAAUGCCCAAAAAAGUUCAACCAUAAAGACGAUAUGGACACAGCCUAAUGUGUCCAAAAAAAAUAUUCGACUGUCAAAUUAACUAUAAUAAUAUAUAGA